CCGCUCCCUCUCAACACCAAGCCGCUCCCUUCCACCGUCUCUCGACACCGACACUCUUUACUUCACUUCGUCAUCUGGCUGGCCGGGUUGAACUAGUACUGGAACUUGUCCUCUCCAGUUCGACGUUCUUAUUUCUCCCACGUAAAUUCUUUUAAUUCUCGUAAUCACCGUUGAACGGACGACAUCGACCACGUGCUGCAUGCCUUGCGUUUCGUUCAUGGUGUAGAGGUCUUUGUUCUCAUAUACCUCUUUUCACAUAGAAAGAUACCAUUAUGGCUGCGCAAAAUGGCUGGAGGUCAUUCUUUAUGCCGCGGAAGCUGAUAUUCUACGCACUGUUCUGGGGAUUCCAUUGGUCCAUGUUUGGAUAUGGAUGGUUCAAACAGGCCGGUGAUAUACGUCUAGCAGGGCUCAAUGCCUUGCAAUUCUCCGUCUGGGUUUCUCGAGGAGCAGGUUUGGUAUUGACAAUGGACACCAUGUUCAUCGUUUUGCCCAUGUGCAGAAAUAUCCUACGAGUUCUUCGACCUAAAAUUAGAUGGCUGCCCCUCGAUGAGUCGAUAUGGUUGCACCGACAGAUCGCCUACGCUAUGCUCGUGUUCACCGGUAUCCAUACUGCUGGCCAUUACAUCAAUUUCUUCAACGUAGAGAAGACUCAGGUCAGGCCAGAACUUGCUGUCGAAAUCCACUAUGCUCAGGCUGGAGGUCUCACUGGACACAUUAUGCUGCUGUGUAUGCUUCUCAUCUACACCACAGCCCACCACAGGAUACGACAACAAUCUUUUGAGACCUUUUGGUAUACCCAUCAUCUGUUUAUCCCGUUUUUGCUCGGCAUGUACACACACGCAACCGGUUGCUUCGUCCGCGACACAGCAAAACCGUUUUCGCCCCUCGACCAUGAUAAUUUCUGGACCCAUUGUAUCGGCUACGAGGGUUGGCGUUGGGAAUUAGUCGGAGGCGGGCUGUAUUUGUUCGAGCGGCUGUACAGAGAGAUCCGUGCCAGAAGGCAGACCCAGAUCGUAAAGGUCGUUCGCCACCCAUAUGAUGCCGUAGAGAUUCAGUUCACCAAGACUAGCAUGAAGUAUAAGCCCGGACAAUGGCUCUUCCUAAACUGCCCAGAAGUCAGCUACCACCAGUGGCAUCCAUUCACCAUUACGUCCUGCCCAUACGACCCGUAUAUCUCAGUUCACGUCCGCCAGGUUGGUGACUUCACUCGCGCGCUUGCUGAUGCCCUCGGAGCCGGUCAAUCGCAAUCCAAGCUCUAUGAUGAGCUUGAUCCCAUGGGAAUGUACGAAAUUGCACUCCAACACGGUCAAAAGAUGCCCCAGCUCCGAAUCGACGGACCAUAUGGAGCUCCUGCCGAAGACGUCUUCGAAAACGAGAUUGCAGUGCUCAUUGGCACUGGUAUUGGUGUCACUCCCUGGGCCUCUAUUCUGAAGUAUAUCUACCAUAUCCGCCUAAGCCCGAAUCCCCCUAAGAGACUCCGCCGUGUGGAAUUCAUCUGGGUGUGCAAGGAUACCAGCUCUUUCGAAUGGUUCCAGACACUACUCUCGUCAUUGGAGGCACAGUCGAUGGGUGGUUCCGACGGUGACCAAUUCCUCCGCAUUCACACAUAUCUCACACAAAAGAUCGAUGUUAACACUGCGAACAAUAUUGUGCUCAACUCAGUUGGGACAGACAAGGACCCCUUGACGGAGCUCAGGUCCCGAACCAACUUUGGCCGUCCAGAUUUCAGUCGUCUGCUCUGUGGAAUGCGGGAUGGGAUUCUAGACAGGACAUAUAUGAGCGGUCUCGAGAGUUCGUUACAAACAAAUGUCGGAGUGUAUUUCUGUGGGCCGAAUGCAGCGGCCCGUGAUAUCAAGAGGGCAGCAAAGGGCGCGACAUGUCAAGAGGUGAACUUCAAGUUCUGGAAGGAGCAUUUCUAGAUGUUCUGGGAACACUACUCUCUAAGUUUCUGAUCAAUAUUUGUACGAAAUGAAAGAAAGCACGGUGAUGGGUGGAGCUGGUCUUUGGAACAGAACACUUUGUGUUGUGGUGGUUGUAUUGAAAAUGCUGCCGAGUUGUGGAUAAGUUGGUCGGUCGGCGAUAUAUUUCUCUACGGAUUGGAAAU